GUUUGCUGUUUUUCCUUUUUCCUGUUGCAUCAUCAUGGUUACGAGCCACAUACCUCCCUAUCCAUGUGUUCUGUGGCCUCACUCUGUUGGUCAUGGCCAUAGGGACGAGCCUGCUUGGCAUCACAGAGAAACUCCUGUUCAGCAUUACGGAUACGUACUCUCUGUUUGCCCCAGAAGGGGUGCUGGCCAACAUGUUGGGGAUCCUGCUGCUGUUUUAUGGGGUGCUGCUAGUUUACCUGAUCACCAGGGAGGAGUACAGACGUCCCCCAAAUCCUGAGGAAGAGUCUCUGUCUGUCCACUUCAAGAACCUGACUGAGGGUGGGGUGCCAUCAACACCCUGAAGCUCCAACUGACACAUCUAGGCCUUUCUCAUAUAAACAAUGUUUGUGUAAGCUGUGAUUUUUACAAAGUAUAAAAUAACAGGGAGUAGUUAUGAUUUUCUCUACCCUGAAAACAAAACUAAUUUAUUUUCACUUUCCUCCCAGCUACCUAGCUUUACCUAAAAUUGUGUAUUUGUGCUACAGAAUGUAAAUGUUAAUCUAUAUUCAUCACACAGAAUGACUGAAAUAUGCAUUUAUCAUAAACUACAUUUGUGAAAAUAGCAACAGUCGUUGGUACU